GUCUGUACAAAGACGAAGCCCGCCAUAAUGGACCAUUCCCCCAGCAAACAGCAGCUCCUCCGCCUCCUUACCUUCUUCUCCCUCCUCCUCCUCAUCCACGGCGGUAGGCUCAACCUUGAUCCUUCAGACCUUCAAGCCCUCAUCACUGUCCAGACCCAACUCGGCUUCCAUACCCUAAACAAAGCCAAAUCCACCAACCCAUGCAACACUCCCGGCGUCUUCUGCGAGAGAAGACUUUCCGGCAGCAACUCCUACGUCCUCAAAAUCACUAGACUCGUCUUCAAGUCCCACCAACUCUCUGGCUCUCUGUCUCCGGCAAUCGGGAAGCUCCCCGAGCUCAAGGAGCUCUCUCUUUCCGACAACAGCCUGGUUGACCAAGUCCCCUCUCAAAUCGUUGACUGCAAGAAGCUCGAAAUCCUCGACCUCGGAAACAACCAGUUCUCCGGUGAAGUUCCUUCUCAGCUGUCUUCUCUGAUCAGGCUUCGUAUACUCGACCUUUCCUCCAACAAGUUCUUCGGCAGCUUGAGCUUCUUGAAGCAUUUUCCAAACUUGGAAACUCUCUCCAUUGCCGACAAUCUCUUCUCCGGGAAGAUCCCAGCUUCGGUUCGCUCUUUCCGCAAUCUAAGGUCCUUCAACUUCGCCGGAAAUGAGCUCCUCGAAGGCUCCGCGCCUAAGUUGAAACGUGUUGAGGUUUCAGCAACUUCCCAAGUUCCAAGACGAUUCAUUUUUGCUGAAACUUCAAACUCCACCCCCGCGGCAAGGACCAACAAUAGUAAUUCCAUCUCUGCUGGACCCUCGGCUGCUCCAGCUCCAAGUCCAUCGGCAACACCAACAAAGAAGAAGAACAAGAAGAAGCUCGGACGAUGGCUGCUCGGGUUCUUUGCCGGAGCACUGGCCGGGAGCAUAUGUGGGUUCAUCUUCUCUUUGUUGUUCAAGCUGCUCUUGGCUGUGGUGAAAGGUGGAGGCAAGGAAUCUGGUCCGGCUAUUUUUAGUUCUCUGAUCAAAAGGAAAGAGGACUUGGCUUUUCUGGAGAAAGAAGACGGGCUUGCUUCGUUGGAGCUCAUCGGAAGAGGAGGAUGUGGAGAGGUUUACAAGGCGGAGUUGCCAGGUAGCAACGGGAAGAUAAUUGCUAUUAAGAAGAUUAUUCAGCCUCCUAAGGAAGCCAAUGAGUUGGCGGAGGAAGACAGCAAGCAAAUGCACAAGAAGAUGCGUCAAAUUCGGUCGGAGAUCAACACCGUGGGACAAAUUCGACACCGGAAUCUGCUUUCUCUAUUGGCGCAUGUAUCCCGGCAAGACUGUCAUCUGCUUGUGUACGAGUACAUGAAAAAUGGGAGCUUACAAGACAUGUUAAAUGAGGUUUCUGAAGGGAAAAGGGAAUUGGAUUGGCCAACGAGGCAUAGAGCUGCAAUAGGAAUUGCUUCCGGGCUUGAAUACCUCCAUAUCCACCAUGCACCUCAUAUCAUUCACAGGGAUCUGAAGCCGGCAAACGUCCUGCUUGAUGACGAUAUGGAAGCUCGAAUUGCAGAUUUCGGACUUGCAAAAGCAAUGCCGGACUACCAGACACAUAUCACGACUUCAAAUGUGGCAGGAACGGUUGGAUACAUUGCACCGGAGUAUCAUCAGACACUAAAGUUCACAGACAAGUGUGAUAUAUACAGCUUUGGGGUGUUGCUCGGGGUGUUGGUUAUCGGAAAGCUUCCGUCUGAUGAUUUUUUCCAGACCACCAGUGAGAUGAGUCUAGUUAAGUGGAUGAAGAAUGUGCUGACCUCGGAGGAUCCUAAGCAGGCAAUCGACUCGACAUUGAUGGGUAGUGGAUUUGAGGAGCAAAUGCUCUUGGUUCUAAAGAUAGCAUGCUUUUGCACAGUGGAUAACCCGAAAGAGAGGCCUAAUAGUAAGGAUGUUAGGUGCAUGUUGGAUCAAAUCAAGCACCAAGUAUCAGUAUAGAAGUAUGAAAUGAGUGGGAAAUCCUACUGGGAUGUAUUAUGUCGAACUUGUAUCAUUCACGUAUUUGUGUAAUGUUGUAUGAAUAAGAAAAUCUUGUAUUUGCAAUUAA